UCCGAAUGAAACACCCCGUGAUUCCUCACACUCUCUCUAUUAGAUUCCCUAUUCCAACGCUUGAACAUAACAACCCUCUCUCACUAUAUCCUAUCCCAAAUGAAUACUGGUAUCUAGUAAUGCGUUUCGUUUUGCGCGCGCAUUGUUAACUCUCAUAUAUAUAUAGCCGCAACGCAACAACAAACAACUUUCCGGAGCCAAAAAUAGAAAAAUCAAGAUUUCACAUUUCUCUCUCUAAUUCUUUGAUCCAAUUCCUCCUUCAACAAUCCUACAGAUAUAGAAGCAGUUCUUCUUAUCACAAAAUUGCAUUCUCCAAUUAGAAAGAAUAAUGGAAACAGUUUUUCAUUCUCGUCUUAAUAGGGAGAUUGAAACGCUUACCGAAAGAUUACAUCCUCCCAGGGUUUGUAUAGACAAUAAUUCUUGCAAAGACUGUACUGUUCUAAAGGUUGAUAGUGCAAACAAGUAUGGGAUAUUGUUGGAGAUGGUACAGGUGUUGACAGAUCUUGACCUCAUUAUUUCAAAGUCAUACAUUUCUUCUGAUGGUGGAUGGUUCAUGGACGUGUUCCACGUCACUGAUCAAGCUGGCAAUAAGGUCACUGAUAAUAACCUCAUGCAAAAAAUUGAGAAGGAGCUAUGUGCCACAAGGGCAAAAGAGGACAUAGACGAUGAAUCAGAACUCGAAAGCUGCGGGGAAUUAGAAUCGUAUUACACGAAACUAAACGUGUCGACGGAGAACACGGCAUUGGAGAUGAGUGGGAUGGAUAGACCGGGUUUGUUAUCAGAAAUAUCAGCAGUGUUGGUGGAAAUGGGCUGUAAUGUCACCUCAGCAACGGCAUGGACUCAUAAUCGAAGGGCAGCCUGCAUAAUUUACGUAGAAGAAAAAUCCAAACCUGGGCCGAUCAAGGACCCUAAGAGGUUAGCUCAUGUAAAGGAAGAGCUGGAGACUGUUGUGCAGGCCCGUGGUGUCAAUGGAGACAGAAACAAUGUGAGGUUAAGGAACUUUGCCACCGGGUGCACGCACACUGAAAGGCGGCUUCACCAGUUAAUGUAUGCUGACAAGGAUUACGAGGGCUGUCGCCCUUGCCAUGGAUAUAGUAGUGGAGAGCACAAAAGGGGGUGUGAUGGGACUCAUGUGUCUAUUAGUAGAUGCAAGGACAGAGGUUAUUGGGUGGUGAACGUGAUCUGUAAGGAUCGUCCUAAAUUGUUGUUCGAUACAGUAUGUGUUCUAAGGGACAUGCAUUAUGUAGUGUUUCACGCCGCCAUUAGUUCCAAGAAAUCUAUAGCCAAUCAGGAGUACUUUAUAAGGCAUAAGAUGAAUAAUUUAGCUCUUCAAACCGAAAUCGAGAGGGAAAAGCUCGUCUUAUGCAUAAUAGCAGCAAUAGAGCGUAGAGUCUGUCAUGGUUUAAGGGUUGAUAUUUGCACUCCAAAUAGAGUGGGUUUACUAUCAAAAGUAACCCGCGUGAUUCAAGAAAAUGGAUUAUCAAUACCAAGAGUUGAGAUUGGAACACGCGGAGAGAAUGUCGUGGGAACAUUCUAUGUCACAAAUCCUUUAAAGCAAGAAGUGAAUCCAAAAAUAGUGGAAUUGUUGAGACAAGAGUGUGGUGGAUCCGUCGAAAUAGUUACUGAUCACAAAUGUCCCUGUGGGCUUUCUCGAUCAUCGUCAUCCUCGUCAGUAACGAGUGAAAGCAACGGUAGUGUAGAGGAUAAGCGAAAAAUUUCUAUUGGAAGCAUGUUAUGGUCUCAUAUAGGGAAAUUUUCAAGCAAUUUUGGCCCUAUUAAGUACUGAGAAGCUCUCAUUUACUGGAACUGGUGUUCUACAUGAAGGAAUGUCCCUGCCAAAUAUCAGUGUACAUAGAAUUUUUAGUUAGUUUUCAUUUUUCUCCUCAUUCUUUUAGAUUGUUCUUGGUGGUAACUCUGUAAAUAUGUAUUCGAGGCCAGUCCAUGAUGACAAAUAAAAUCACUAACUAAUUUUUACACAUAAAAAGAAUUAUGGCUUUAUCACAUCUAAUUUGUUGAG